CCACAAAUAGAAAUACACUUUCCCUCUCCCAGUGGAGAUGAAUCCGACGCCGGAAUGUCUGUUUCUACUCACCGCAUUUUCCACUCUACUCCCCUCUUCACUCCAGGAACCCAACGCGCCUACCCGCCACCGCACAUCUUGGUCGUCUUACCUUCACAUUCCUGUUACAAACCCCACUUUGGAGUCCGCUCACUGGCUGCCGACUCUCCGAUCAUCCCCAUGGCAGUAGACCUCAGCGGCGGUAAGAUGGUGGUGGAGCUUGUGGGAGCUUUCAAUGAUUUAACUGGGAGAAUGGGCGAGAUCUCGACCACCUUCUCUUCCCAACUGCUCUUCAAGUCAUUGAAGCUCACUAUUCCUCUACUCAAUUCUCUGCCCCAUUCUUCCGACGGCCGUCCGCCGCUGUCCCGGGCGCUUUCUAUCGCUUGCCUACUUGCUGAUCUCCACAUGGAUGCAGAAGUUAUCUCUGCUGGAUUAUUGAGAGAGGCUGUGGAAGCAGGUGUUCUAACUAUGCUUGAAGUGAAAAGUCAAAUCAGCAGCAGUACUGGUCAUCUGCUGCACGAGAACCUGCGGAUGAAAUAUGCUCCUUCAAAAGUUGAUGUGUUGGAUGAUGAAAGUGCUAGUGCGCUAAGGAAGUUCUGCUUAGCGUACUAUGACAUCCGAGCUGUAAUUCUAGAGCUUGUCAUUAAACUUGAUACAAUGAGGAAUAUUGAUCACCUCCUUCAACAUCAGCAGCAGACUUUGUCUCUUGAGGUGAUGAAGAUAUAUGCCCCUCUUGCACAUGCUGUUGGGGCUGUUGCCAUAUCAUUAGAGCUAGAGGACAUUGCUUUUCAGUACUUGUUUCCCUAUUCUUAUAAUUACAUUGAUGCGUGGUUGAGAAGCCAUGAAACAGAAAAUAUGUCUCACAUCAAAGUCUGCAAGGAUGAAUUGAUUCAAGUAUUAAAUCGUGAUAGUGAACUUGAGGAGCUUGUCGAUGAUAUCUCAAUCAAAAGCCGGUAUAAAAGCCGUUUCAGUACUAUGAAGAAGCUGUUAAGAGAUGGUCGUAGACCAGAAGAAGUGAAUGAUCUUCUAGGUUUACGGAUCAUAUUGAAUCCAAAACCUGGAUCAGAUUUGAUGGAGAGGGGACUGAGGGCGUGUUACAGGACAUCUGAAGUGAUCAGAAGCAUGUGGAAAGAAAUAACUGAUAGAACGAAAGAUUACAUUACUAAUCCAAAGGCAAACGGAUAUAGGAGCUUACAUCUGGUUGUUGAUGUCGGUAAGCAUGGGAUGGUGGGGAGAGCAUUAAUGGAAAUUCAGAUUCGAACCAAAGAGAUGGACUUGAUGGCUGAUGCUGGUGCUGCUGCGCACUCACUAUAUAAGGGUGGUCUUACAGAUCCACAAGAGGCUAAACGGUUGAAGGCGAUAAUGUUGGCUGCUGCUGAAUUGGCUGCUUUACGUCUUAGAGAUCUCCCUAUGCCAAGUCAUAGACGGUUUGACAUUUCCCAGAAAGAUAGAGUGUUUAGUCUCCUUGACAAAAAUGGUGAUGGUCGUAUCAGUAUUGAUGAACUAACUGAAGUAAUGGAAGAUCUUGGAGCUGGUGGCAAUGACGCACAAGACCUAAUGAAGCUUCUGGACACAAAUAGUGAUGGUUCUUUGAGCUCAGAUGAAUUUGAUUUGUUUCAGAAACAGAUUGAACUUAUGAGAAGCUUGGAGGAAAGAGAUGAUCAUUACAAAGCCAUGCUCGGGAACAAGCUUGAGAUAACUGAUAGCACUGGUUUGAUUCAGGUUUAUAGAAAGGAGCUGGGGGAUAAAUUAACAUUAAAUUCGUAUUUUCAGCAUGAUGAUCAAAGAAUGCCGUUACCAUAAAUGUAAGUUAUCCCUUUAUAGUCAACGAAUUGUAUAUUCGUCAUAGGCUUGAAAUUUGUGUUAGAGAUGUCAUGAGCCUCUGAUUAUUGAAGUGGUCUUCUAUUUUUUUUUUGUUAAUAUACAUGAAAAUCCUAGCAAAGGAAGCAUAUUCUUAACGCACUUGUUUAUAGGAAAAUGCUAUGCUUCAAAAAUAAAAUUUUAUAAUGCUGUUUUAUCAGUA